UCCAGCCUCUCCUGCUGUCCAGGAUCUGACAGAUGAGCGGAAUAUUGAUGCUUUACUGUGCUGGCUCGGGAGAGCCCAGAAGUGCCGUUUCCUGCGAGGGAAAGUCCUCGCAGACCGGCCUCCCUCCCCCUGCCCCGGGGGAGCGUCCCCGGGGGAAUUGCGGCCCCACGGUUUAAUUGAGUUGCCGGGCUACAGAUAAGGCCGGGGCGGGCCGGGGGGGUUGUCAGACGCUGUAUCGGUGCUGCUCCCGCCGUGAAUGGGAUUGCAACACGCGUGUCUCCCAGUUGAUUGGCGCAGGAAGGCGCUGCCCUGCCUCUCCGAACCCGCCGCUGCCUCCCGUUUAAAUAAAUUGGCUCGAAAGCCGGCGGCUGCCCACCCUGGCCCCCGCGGAGGCGGCGGUGGAGCCGGCCGGAGGCUGCGGCAGGCGGAGGGAUGGUGCGCUGAUGCUGGGCAGAGCCGCAUUCCCGCUGGAGAGGGAGCUCGAUACCACAGCAACAAUAUUGGCGAACCGGCAAGAUGAAAGUGAGCAGUCCAGGAAAAAACUUAUUGAGCAAAGUCGUGAGUUCAAGAAAAACACUCCAGAGGACCUGCGCAAACAGGUAGCUCCAUUACUGAAGAGUUUCCAGGGAGAGAUUGAUGCAUUGGGUAAACGAAGCAAAGAAGCAGAGGCAGCCUUCUUGAAUGUUUAUAAGAGAUUAAUUGAUGUUCCAGAUCCGGUCCCAGCCUUGGAUUUGGGACAGCAGCUUCAGCUGAAGGUUCAACGCAUGCACGAUAUUGAAACAGAAAACCAGAAACUUAGGGAAACUCUGGAGGAAUACAACAAAGAAUUCGCCGAGGUGAAAAAUCAGGAGGUUACAAUAAAAGCACUUAAGGAGAAAAUCCGAGAAUAUGAACAGACCCUGAAGAACCAAGCAGAGAACAUAGCCCUUGAAAAGGAACAAAAGUUACAAAAUGAUUUUGCAGAGAAGGAGAGAAAAUUGCAGGAGACCCAGAUGUCGACAGCCUCGAAGCUGGAGGAAGCCGAACACAAAGUUCAAGCUCUGCAAACAGCCUUGGAAAAAACCAGGACAGAACUAUUUGAUCUGAAAACAAAAUACGAUGAAGAAACUACUGCAAAGGCUGAUGAAAUCGAGAUGAUCAUGACAGACCUUGAAAGAGCAAAUCAGAGGGCAGAGGUGGCUCAGAGAGAGGCAGAGACCUUAAGGGAGCAGCUCUCAUCAGCUAACAAAUCUCUCCAACUUGCAACACAGAUCCAGAAGGCACCUGAUGUGGAGCAGGCCAUCGAGGUGCUGACCCGCUCCAGCCUGGAAGUGGAGCUGGCGGCGAAGGAGCGCGAGAUCGCGCAGCUCGUCGAGGAUGUGCAGAGGCUCCAGGGCAGCCUCACCAAGCUGAGGGAGAACUCCAGCAGCCAAAUCUCCCAGCUGGAGCAGCAGCUGACAGCCAAGAACAGCACACUCAAACAACUGGAAGAAAAACUGAAAGGACAGGCUGAUUAUGAAGAGGUUAAGAAAGAAUUAAAUAUAUUGAAAUCCAUGGAGUUUGCACCAUCUGAAAGCUCUGGUGCGCAGGAUGCAUCCAAGCCCCUGGAGGUGCUGCUGCUGGAGAAGAACCGCUCGCUGCAGUCGGAGAACGCCACGCUGCGCAUCACCAACAGCGACCUGAGCGGGUCAGCCAGGAGAAAAGGGAAAGACCAGCCUGAGAGUCAGCGUCCUGCAACCUUGCCGGCCUCCCCUCCUUCCCAGUUGCUCCGCAACGCGGGGGAGCAGGCUUCCAAUACUAAUGGUACACACCAGUUCUCACCAACGGGUUUAAGUCAAGACUUUUUCAGCUCAUCCCUGGCGAGCCCCAGCUUACCCCUGGCCUCCACAGGAAAAUUUGCACUAAACUCUCUCCUCCAGCGACAGCUAAUGCAGUCCUUCUACUCCAAGGCAAUGCAGGAAGCAGGAAGCACAAGCAUGAUUUUUCCAACAGGUCCAUACAGCACAAACUCCAUAUCUUCCCAAAGUCCAUUACAACAAAGCCCGGAUGUAAAUGGCAUGGCCCCAUCUCCCAGCCAGUCAGAAAGUGCUGGGAGCAUCUCCGAAGGCGAGGAGAUAGACACGGCCGAAAUUGCACGUCAGGUGAAAGAGCAGUUGAUCAAGCACAAUAUUGGACAGCGGAUAUUUGGACAUUAUGUGUUGGGACUGUCACAAGGGUCUGUGAGUGAGAUCCUGGCCCGGCCAAAGCCAUGGAAUAAACUGACUGUGAGAGGCAAGGAGCCAUUUCAUAAGAUGAAGCAGUUCCUGUCGGACGAGCAGAACAUCCUGGCUCUUCGCAGCAUCCAGGGCAGACAAAGAGAGAAUCCAGGCCAGAACCUGAACAGACUAUUUCAGGAAGUACCGAAACGAAGAAAUGGGGCUGAAGGUAACAUAACCACCCGAAUCCGAACCGCAGAGUCUGGCUCUGAUGAAGCCAUCAAAUCCAUCCUUGAACAAGCCAAAAGGGAGCUGCAAGUACAGAAAACAGCUGAGCCGGCUCAGCCGCCUUCUGCCUCUAGCAGUGGCAAUUCUGAUGAUGCAAUUCGAUCCAUUCUGCAACAAGCCCGACGGGAAAUGGAGGCACAGCAGGCUGCCCUUGAACCUGCCUUAAAAACACCACCUCUAUCUCAAGCUGACAUUUCUAUCCUGUCCCCCAAACUAGUGUCUACACCUGCAAUGUCUUCGGUUUCCAGCUAUUCUCCUUUGGCCAUAUCCCUGAAGAAACAUUCAUCUGUCACUGAUUCCAGUAUCUCUGCAUUGCAGAACCUCUCUGGGCUCAAAAAGGAGCCUCAGGAGGCACCUGUUUUAGAGCUUCAUGGAAUAAGUGAUUCUGCCCAGGGUAUGUUGAGGCAUGUUAAAAAUGAGUUGGGACGUGGUGGUGUUUGGAAGGACCAUUGGUGGAAUACUGUGCAGCAUGAGAGAAGAAAUGCAGCUCUUCCUGAAGAUAUAAAAGUUGAGGAAGCCAGUGGUGGAAAAGAAAAGGUCAGCAAUCAGACUAGGCCAGAUCGUAGCCAGCUCCAAGGACCGUCUUCUUCCGAGUAUUGGAAAGAGUGGCCAAACGCGGAAUCUCCGUACUCGCAGAGUUCUGAAUUGAGCAUGACUGGGGCGAGUCGCAGUGAGACACCACAGAAUAGCCCCCUCCCUUCAUCCCCUAUCGUGUCCUUGUCCAAGCCAUCCAAACCUUCGGUUCCUCCACUGACACCCGAGCAGUAUGAGAUUUAUAUGUACCAGGAGGUGGAUACCAUAGAGCUAACGCGGCAGGUCAAGGAAAAGCUAGCAAAGAAUGGCAUCUGCCAAAGGAUCUUUGGGGAAAAGGUAUUGGGGCUGUCCCAAGGAAGUGUCAGUGACAUGCUCUCCAGGCCAAAGCCAUGGAGCAAAUUGACCCAAAAAGGCCGAGAACCAUUUAUUCGUAUGCAGCUCUGGUUGAAUGGUGAGCUGGGACAGUGUGUCCUGCCUGCACAAGGGCAGCAACAAGGACAAGUCCUUCACUCUGUGACAUCAUUACAGGAUUCCCUACAGCAGGGAUGUGCAAGCUCAGAAAGUACUCCAAAGACUUCUGCCAGUUGCAGUCCUGCUCCUGAAUCUCCCAUGAGUUCCAGUGAAUCAGUGAAAAGCCUGACUGAGUUGGUACAGCAGCCCUGCCCUGCCAUAGAGACGAGUAAGGAUGGCAAAUCCCAGGAAUCCAGUGAGCCACCUGCAUCUGAAUCCCAAUCCACGACCCCUCUGCCACUCUCAGGCCACUCUGCACUCAGCAUCCAAGAACUGGUGGCCAUGUCCCCUGAGCUGGACACCUAUGGCAUCACCAAGAGGGUCAAGGAAGUGCUCACGGACAACAAUCUUGGUCAGCGUUUGUUUGGGGAGACAAUCCUGGGGCUGACCCAAGGCUCUGUCUCAGACCUGCUGGCUCGCCCCAAGCCCUGGCACAAGCUGAGUCUGAAGGGAAGGGAGCCCUUUGUCCGUAUGCAGCUGUGGCUCAACGAUCCCAACAACGUGGAGAAGCUGAUGGAUAUGAAGCGCAUGGAGAAAAAAGCCUACAUGAAACGGCGGCACAGCUCCGUCAGCGACAGCCAGUCCUGCGAGUCCUCAUCCGCUGGCAUCGACUACAGCCAGGGUGCCAGCCCCCAGCCCCAGCACCAGCUCAAGAAGCCCAGGGUGGUGCUGGCACCAGAGGAGAAGGAAGCUCUCAAACGAGCCUACCAGCAAAAGCCAUACCCAUCACCAAAAACCAUUGAGGAACUCGCCACGCAGCUCAACUUGAAAACCAGCACCGUGAUCAACUGGUUCCACAAUUACAGGUCCCGCAUCCGCCGGGAGCUGUUCAUCGAGGAGAUCCAAGCCGGGAGCCAGAGCCAGGCCGGGUCGAGCGAUUCCCCUUCGGCCAGAAGCAGCAGGGCGGCGCACAGCUCCGAGGGGGACAGCUGCGACGGCGUGGACGCGGAGGGCCCUCCCGAGGGGAAGCCGAGCGGCCCGGAGGCGGACGAGUUCAGCAAUGCGGCCGCCAAGUCUCAGGGAGGGCCCUUCGAGGCGGGGGAAGAGGCACUGCGAGGAGCCAGGCCCUCGGAGAGAGCGGAGCCCGAGAGCCUGGAGGACACCGACGACGAGGGCCGGCCCAGAGCGCCGCGCCAGAGCUCCCCGCCGGCACCGCCGCGCCCGGGAGACGCUCUGGAGACACCGCCAAACUCUGCCACGGAAGGGGAUGCCUCUACCUCAGCUGCCUCCACCUCAGUCCUUACGGGGGAGAGCUCCUACAAGUCAAAAGAAAGUUCAGAGAAAACCUCCAGUGUGCCAAGUACGAGCUCGACGCCGGGCGCAGGCUCGCAGAAAUCCAACUCCCUGCAGAGCUUGUUCGGCUUCUCGGAGGCGGCGAGCUCCAGGAACACGCGAGACAGCUCCCUGAGGAAAAAGAAAGCGGCCAACUUGAACAACAUCAUCCACCGCUUGGAGAAGGCCGCCAGUCGGGAAGAGGCCGUCGAGUGGGAGUUUUGAGAUUAAACUGGCCCAACUCGGGAGAGCUGGGAAGUCAAACUGGACCUCUACUGGUUUUAUUGUGUUCGCACUUAACCGCCCUGCGGGCCACAGGGCAAAAACGCCAUAGGCCAAGGUGCAUAUAGAAAUCAAAAAAAA